GAUUGAUUGGCCUCUGCUGGGGAAAGUGGAUGGAGGUUUAAUAAUGUUUUGUAAAGAGAAGGGCUCAUGCCAAGGCCAGACCCAGUUGCUCCUAGCCAUCUCCAAAUAGUAGGGGAAAUCCCUUCAACGUCCUGUGGCCCCCAAGAGGAGGCCCUAUUAUUGGGCAAAGAAAGCCAGAUCCCUGAUAUCGCUUAGUACAUUCUGGGCUUAAAUGUAGGAAGAGGGAGCGAUGAUAAAUGGAUCAAGAAAGAGAUUUGAAAAUAAUGGUGGAAGAGUGAUGUAUACCGAUAGAGCAAUAGAAACAGAAACAGCUUAAGCAUUGAGCACCUGCUGUGUACCUGGAGCUUUAUGGUUUUAUAGAUGUUAUCUCAGCGGGAGUGCAUAUCAGUCCACGUGGGUCAAGCAGGAGUUCAGAUUGGCAAUGCCUGCUGGGAGCUCUUCUGUCUGGAACAUGGCAUCCAGGCAGAUGGCACCUUUGGUGUCCAGGCCAGCAAGGUCAACGACGAUGACUCAUUCACCACCUUUUUCAGUGAAACUGGCAAUGGGAAACAUGUGCCUCGGGCUGUCAUGGUAGAUCUGGAGCCUACUGUAGUAGAUGAAGUUCGGGCAGGAACCUACCGUCAGCUCUUCCAUCCAGAGCAGUUGAUCACAGGGAAGGAGGAUGCAGCUAACAACUAUGCCCGGGGCCACUACACAGUGGGCAAGGAGAGCAUCGACCUGGUGCUGGACCGCAUACGGAAGCUGACAGAUGCCUGCUCUGGCUUGCAGGGCUUUCUGAUCUUCCACAGUUUUGGAGGGGGCACUGGCUCUGGCUUCACUUCUCUGCUGAUGGAACGACUCUCCCUAGAUUAUGGCAAGAAGUCCAAGCUAGAGUUUGCUAUCUACCCAGCCCCUCAGGUCUCUACUGCAGUGGUGGAGCCCUACAACUCCAUUCUGACCACCCACACCACACUGGAACAUUCAGAUUGUGCUUUUAUGGUGGACAAUGAAGCCAUCUACGACAUCUGCCGCAGGAACUUAGACAUUGAGCGCCCCACCUAUACCAACCUCAAUCGCCUCAUCAGCCAGAUUGUGUCCUCCAUCACUGCCUCUCUCCGCUUUGAUGGGGCCCUUAAUGUGGACCUCACUGAGUUCCAGACCAACCUGGUGCCCUACCCCCGCAUCCACUUCCCACUGGUCACUUAUGCACCCAUUAUAUCUGCUGAGAAAGCCUAUCAUGAACAACUCUCUGUGGCUGAGAUAACCAGCUCCUGCUUUGAGCCCAACAGCCAGAUGGUGAAGUGUGACCCAAGACAUGGGAAGUACAUGGCCUGCUGCAUGCUCUACCGGGGGGACGUAGUACCUAAGGAUGUGAAUGUCGCUAUUGCCGCCAUCAAGACCAAGAGGACUAUUCAGUUUGUAGAUUGGUGUCCCACAGGCUUUAAGGUGGGCAUCAACUAUCAGCCACCCACUGUGGUGCCAGGAGGGGACCUGGCCAAAGUCCAGCGGGCUGUUUGCAUGCUGAGCAACACAACUGCAAUUGCGGAGGCCUGGGCCCGCCUGGACCACAAGUUUGACCUCAUGUACGCCAAGCGGGCCUUUGUGCACUGGUAUGUUGGAGAGGGAAUGGAAGAAGGAGAAUUUUCUGAGGCCAGGGAGGACCUGGCUGCUCUGGAGAAGGAUUAUGAAGAAGUGGGGACUGAUUCAUUUGAAGAAGAAAAUGAAGGGGAGGAGUUUUAAAUAGAACACUUUCCCCUUGGCUGUGUCUCUUUAUUUAUGCUUCUCCACUCAAAGCACAUUUAACUAUUCCAAGAAUAAUAGACUACACUCCUAAGCCCAGCCUAAUUUCUGUUUUCCAUUGGAAGAGGCAUCUGACACCAGUGCCUGGGCGAAAAUCGAGGCUAAGCUGUUCAGACCCUCCCUUGGGUAAAAGUAGCUUUGUGCCACUAAAAAAAAAGAGAGUCACUGUCUCUAGGUUAGGGUGAAGCAGGUUAUAUGUUGUGAAGAGGCCUAAUCAGGAUUUUAAAUGCUUAAUUAGUCUGGGCCCACCCCAAAAUGCAGCUUACUGUCUGUGGAGGGAUCUGAGCAUUGGAAGAUUUCAGGAAGAGAGUGGCACUUUUAGAGAGUAAGAAGACAGACACAUUUCUUGCCCUUGUAAAAACACAAAUAAAUGAAUGAAUUCAGGUAGUGUUAACUGAUGUAAAGUUAAAAAAAAACAAACAAACCGUGAUGAGGGAAAAAGUGUCUGGGAGUGCUCCUUUAACCUGGGUGGUCAGAAAAGGCCCCUUGGAGACCUGAGCAACAGAAGAGAGCAUCAUUUGAAAUUCUGGAGUUAGAGAAUGCUGGACAUAGAGCAAAACACAGAUGUGGGCUUAUUGUGAGAUGGAGAUGAGAUCUGAGAACCAAGCUGGGGCCAGAGUGUACUUAGUCUAUAGACCACGGUAAGGAGUUCAGAUUUUUCUCUAAGUGAAAAAAAAAUUUGGAAGGUUUAAAGUGGGAUAUAAUAUACUUUAUAUAUGUACAUAUCUUAUCUCUAAUCCUCCCAACAAUCUCAAAUGGAUAUUCUGCUCAUUUUAUAGAUGAAGAAACUGGGGUUUACAGAGUUGAUAUAUUGCACAUAGUAAGAAGAGCUCAGAGAGCAGAGACUACUAAUUCUAUUCUCUUUUGUCUACCCUACACUGUUUCUAUGCCUUGGUAUCUGUGUCCAGGUUUCAAUUGCUGCUUCAUAGAAUGAUGGAUGGAGGAGAAAUAAAAGUCUAUAACACUUGCAAAAGAGAGGAUGAAUUAAUGCAUCUUUUCCCUGAAGUUGGCAGCUCUGGUAGGAUUUUAGGAAAAUCAAAAAACUGUUCUGAUGAAGCUACUAUUGAUAAAAUACCCAGGGUUGGGACCAUAGUAGGUCCCUGUGUUUUAAAUGUAAAUUUUGUUAAUUAUUGAUUUUCCCUAAUUUUUAUUGUAUAUUCCUUGGAAGCCCUGAGAAAAAUAGAAUAAAAUGGUCCAAGAAAAGGGAGUUUAGGUAAGAAAUAAUGCUAAUCACUGUUAGAAGAUUGUUUUCAGAAAGCACACUUUCUUGCUCUUCUAUGAAGGAGAUAAUGGUGCAAAAAAAAAAAAAAAAAAAAAAAAAAAAAGGUCCAGAUCUCCUGUCCAUUCUGACCUCCCUUACCUGAGAUCAUUCCUGCACCAAGUCCCAUAGGUACUUGCAUAGACAAAUUUAUUAGAAAAUUGUAUUACAGAAUUAGAGUCAGGAACUCAAGAAGGGGCAUAUUCCCUCUUGAUUUGAAGUUGAGAGACCUACCUAUGGAUUUCUGAUAAGACUCGAAUGACUUCCUUGGUGUAUAACUAUGACUUAACUAGGGAGAAGAUAACACAACUUCAAGGCCAGGUUUAGGGCUGUGAUAAAUCACUUAUGGUAUGUUCCUUUCCUUUAGACUAAUGUAAAUUAGUUUAAAUUAACAGGAAUGGCAGAGUCAUGUUUAAGAGGUAUGAAUAAAGGGGGAUAGGGCUGCAAGAAAGUUUGAGGGAUGAUAUAUUAAAGCUUUGGAUGUAUUUUCCCCAGUUUCUCUUCCAUUUUUCUUCAUUUGGUUAAGUCCUUGCCCAGUCGUGGGGUUGGGUACCUCCAGCCCUGCUCAGCUCUGGUCAUGAAGUAGGUUAUUGAAUUUUAGAGCCGGAGUUAGAUGUCCCUACAGAGAGGGUACAUAGGAGAGUGGGUGAUUCUGUACCAUUCCCUGAGAUAGGAACCAUGAUUAUUCUUUCUCUAGUAGGGGAUUAGAAAGAGGCUUCUUAAGACUGUAAAGCAAGUUUGGCAGAUGCUAGAUAAGAGAAUUGUGUUUGUUUACCGCACUGGGUCUGGAUUAUCCAGGCUCUUCAAUCCUAACACCAGUUCUUAGGUAUUCCCAAGUCAUUCUCACUUAUCCCCCACAAAAGUCAUUUUUACCUUUUAAAUACUUUAUCCCAGGAAUUAGGAGUCCAAAGUUAAUAUAAUAUUUAGUGAAAUUUCUUUAGUUUUAUACCAUAAUUUCUCAAUUAUAGUUCUUUCUAGUUUGGCAGCGUGGAUAUUCAUAUGCAUGCAUCAUUCCUGGGUCCUGAAUUGUUAAAAUGGACAGACCUCCAAUCUUUUGACAGCAAUCAGCUUAAGUUCCAAAAUGAGCCUACUAAGGAAAAGAUAAUAUGUUUAUUUUCUCGAAACUGCUAAUUCUAUCAGCAAUUAGAUCUGCAUUUAACUUUUCCCUAAAACAAAAUUGCCGCUGGCCCCACUAUUCUGAGUUGUUAAGGGCCACUGAGUGAAUCUCAGUGGAUUCACCUUUCCUAUUAUAAUGCAAAUCUACUAAGGGAUUGAAAACUUAUGUUGUGAGUCUAAACUGUCUACAUUAAAAAACUAGUUUUUUGUUUGUUUGUUUUUUAGGUCUUGUGACAAACUUAUAAUGCUGGGCAUUUUAGGGAUUAUGAAAGUGAGAGAGUAAGUGGGCCAGUAAGAAUGAAUAUCAAUACUGAUACUAAUUAAAUUUUGUAGUGCUUAGAUUAUCCUUCCUUCUCUUUUGUAACAUAAUCCCCAAGAGUAAAGGUGAGACUUGACUUAUAUCUUUUCAUGAAUGUGCAGAAUGGAACUCCUUAUGUGACUUUUUUGGAUUUAGAAUUUUGGAUUUAGAAACUAAAGUCUAAAAUGUAAGUCUUUUUGUUUGGCUCUUGAUCAAUGAGACAGAACAUAGACUUUUUU